UACACUCGGUCCAAUCUAGAUGCUCAUGUCCGACAAUAAUCCUGUGCACACCUUUCUAUCUUCCUCCUUACAAACAACACAGAUGUAAACAGAUGGAUCCAGAGCAUCAGGUAUUUUUGAUAACAAUCCUUUGUUUUACUGUCAAACUCGAUAUCUUCUACUCCUGCCAUACCUGUUCUUCGUUCAGAUGAGACCUUCACCACUCUACUCACUCAAAGGAGCCUGACCUGCCCACCUAGGUAACCUUUAAUGUUUGAUAUCACGACAAGCAAGUACAAAAAUGGAACCACAUUUCCUUGCUUACUCUUACUUUUGCUCAUCUUCUCAUCGCCAUCAAGCUCAAACCACUGCUAAUAAUAAUCACAAUGGCAAGAAAGGAUCAUAGGAUAAUCAUUCAUUUUGUUAGUCAGCUCCAUGAGGAUCUCUAAAUCCAUGAUAGUUUCGUAAAGAAACACGUGUCACUCAAAAAGUAUCUAUUUCUAACCGUUGUUUAAGGAUUAUGACUGCUUUUACGCGUCUGUCUUCGAAAAUGAGAACCCUGCCUUAAAAUCACUGCCCUUGGUAAACUCUGAAUUCCUCUCUCUGAUGCGCAAAACAUAGCUGACGCAAUGAACAAAAAGGCUGUGCAGCAGGUAAGACUGAUUUACCAAAGCCUAUUCAAAAUAGUAUAUCGCAGCUUCUAAGCAUGACUUCAGAAACAAAUUAUCGUCACUUGCAAUUAUGAAGCUCGGCGUCGUGGUCUUAGUAAAUUGCAAUUGAUCAGUGAAGCCAAGAAAAUAUGUCCAGAUGUUGUGAUUGUCUUGGGAGAAGAAUUGGGCCGAUUCCGAGAUGCAUCAAAAAUGCUAUACAAACAUUUGGAAAAGUUUAGUUGGUCGGGAAAAGUUGAACGACUGGGAUUCGAUGAAGUGUUCAUGGACGUCACAGAUAUUGUCGACUACAACCAGAAACUACUUAAUCCAAAUGAUUUGACCCACUCGUUCCUUCAACUGGACCAUAAUGAUCCUACUGCGGGGUUUACCUUUGAUGCGACGAGGGUUGCUGGUCACGGUUACCUCGACUUGCAGCCAGGUGGCGAAGUAUCCUCCCAGUAUCUAUCGAAUUCGGCGGCCCUGAAUAGUGAUACCGAUUUACUUACCCGCUUGCUUUUGGGCUCACACCUUGCCCAGUAUUUAAGAUUGAGUCUAGAAGAGGAAAAGGGCUACACUUCGACUGUUGGCAUAUCCACGAACAAACUUUUAAGCAAAUUGGUAGGCAACCUUCAUAAGCCGAAAGGACAAACAACUCUUCUUCCGCCCUAUGAUGUUUCGUCCAAUGAUGAUGGACUACAAAGCAAUGUCGCGACAUUCAUUGAUGGUCAUGAUAUAGGUAAAAUACCAGGUAUUGGGUUCAAAAUGUCUCAACGUAUUCGGAACCAUGUUCUAUCACGUCCUGCCGACUUUGAAAGUGGGCUAAUUUAUGGUGGCACGAAAGAAUCUGUUACUGUCCGUGACGUGCGCCUCUUUGCUGGCAUGGGUCCUGAUACAUUGGAAAACAUUCUGGGGGGAUCUGGGGCAGAAAGGGGCAUUGGACGUAAGGUUUGGGGACUGAUCAAUGGUCGCGACGACACCGAUGUAAAGGAUGCUCGAAAGGUGCCUUCCCAAAUAUCAAUCGAGGAUUCAUAUAUCAAGCUCGAUAAUUUGUCUCAAUUAAUGGAAGAGCUUCGAAUGCUUACGACCAGUCUACUAAAUAGAAUGUAUCAAGACCUACUUGAGGACGAUGAAGAAUCUGACGUACCAUCAAAAAGAUGGAUUGCUUACCCCAAAACAAUACGACUGUCUACCAGGCCUCGUCUUCCAUUGAAUGCGGAUGGCACAAGAACACGAAGCUUUAACAGGAUAUCGAGAUCUGGACCUCUACCAAAUCUUGUCUUCAACUUGAAAGAUGGUAUGGAUAGUAUUGUCGAGCGGCUCAUCCGAGACACAUUGGUUCCCAUGUUCCGAAAAUUGCAUCCACAGAGAUCGGAUUGGAAUUUAAGUUUAGUCAACAUCGGAGUAACCAAUAUGGUUGAAGCCGCGACUGAAGAUGGGUCUGGAGGUGGUAGAAACAUUGGUCUUAUGUUCAAGCGACAAGAAGCCACUCUCAAAGAAUGGAAAGUUGAGGACCGUGAUGUUCCACCUGACUUCGUUACAAAUAGGCGUGAAAAAUCUACAAGUGAACCUAUUGAGACAGAGCACAUCCCUAAUCCCACUACGGGCUCCGAGGAUGUAGUCUACAUCUCGCAAGAUACGGCAGACGAGCAAGAUCCUUGGGAGGAUGAAGAUGAGUUAUGCGGUCGUGAGAUCUGUCACGUAUGUGGUGCGGUGAUGCCCGCAUUUGCCGUGCCAGCUCAUCAACGAUUCCACAACCUGGAGGAAUGAAAUCCUGGUCAUAAAUUGAUGACUUGUCGAUCCUCCGGUGAUCUUCGAACUAGGACCCAUCAGAAAAUGUUCAGCCAGAGACUAUUCUGAGGCUCCAAUAAAUUAUUGUCUGUGCUCGGUAAGACAGCACUAGAAAUUAGUAGAAUGCGGGAGGUUCUCUAAAAUCCAUCCUGGUGAUCCCAUCCACACCCUGGACAGAAUACAGGAUACUGGACAUAGAAGACGAAAGAAUUGGCCGGGAAUAGCAGACAAAUUUUUGUCGACCCAGAUAGUUAUUUGUGCGGUGGAAAGAUUCCAUGCAUGAUUAUAUAUUUAGGUGUUUUGGAACCGCCAGCAUCACCGACAAAUGGGCAUGUCUGCCCCUCAAGAGGAUUCGUUACGUAUAACGCGCGUCCAAAAAUAGUCUCACUCAAAUAAUCAAAAGACAAUAGUGUUGGACGGGCCACCUUAAUUAUUGCUUACUGUAAUGGGACUACGAUUCAAAUAUAUCAAUUUCGUUCUAUGGUUUUCUUCUUAUGAUUGGUUCGGUCCUCUUCUUCUUGUAUUGUGU